UGAAUUGUUCGUGUAAUUAGAGGUUUUCGAAACACUGAACGAUUAUUGCGCUAUUGGAGAUGUUUCUAAAUUGAUUAUGGGGAAAUUUGCAGUGGCGUUUAAGUCUAGGGAAGACCAUAGGAAGCAGUUUGAAUUAGAGGAAGCUCGUAAAGCUGGGCUUGCGCCAGCUGAGGUUGAUGAAGAUGGAAAAGAGAUUAAUCCUCACAUUCCGCAGUAUAUGUCUUCUGCUCCUUGGUAUCUCAAUUCGAAUAAGCCGAGUUUGAAGCAUCAAAGGAAGUGGAAAUCGGAUCCGAAUUACACCAAAUCGUGGUAUAACAGAGGUGAAAAAGGUUUUCAGGCAUCAAAGAGAUUGAUGUUCCAGACUAUGCACAACCGAGUUCUAAGUGUCUUUUAUUGGUGGAAAGAAAAUAGACCGGUGGUGCUCUAUGUGUCUUUCAAUCCCUCCUAAAAGCAGUGAUUAUUGACAAAACAACUUUUGUAAUUUUGUUGAUUACACCACUUGAUUGAAGAAAGUUAGCCUAA